UGGUGGUAAGCCUCCACUGAAGGCCAAAGUGGUUGAAACAGAAGCUGAGCCAGAGCACAAGGUUUUUGAUAAAACUGGUGAAGAUCUUGACAUAUUCCUAACUGCUGAGGCAGCUUAUGCUAAAUAUGAGUGUCCCUCAAGACUCAUUGACUUUAAAGAUACCUAUGUACUCCAAACUAAAGUAUUUAGUUUUCCAUUGAAGAACACUGGUAAAGUUGUUCUCAGUUACAAGUGGUAUGUGAUCAAGGAGAUUGAAGGAGCAGAGCCAGUGUUGAAAGAUGCUGCCAAGGAGGACGAGAUGGAGGAGCUAUUGAUACAGAUAGACCCUUGCAAGGGAGAGAUACCACCAGAACAAGAGCAGAUGAUAGCAGUUAGAUACUCUCCACUUGAAAUUGGAAGCAUAUUAUACAAACUACACUGCAAGAUACAGCAUCUUGAAUCAUCAGCAAAGCCACUAGACCUCAUAGUUCAAGGAAACUCACUAGUUCCAUAUUGUCAUUUUGAUUUGGCUGAGAGUGACUACCUGAGAACCAGGAGACCAACUAAUGUUAGUGACAGUGCUGGCUGUGUCACUGGUAGGAUUGACCCGUGCUCUAAAGUCAUUGAGUUUGUGGCUAAAGGAACUGGAGUGAGAAUAAUAAAGUCAGUCCAUAUACAU